GAAAUGCACCCCUCUCACACCACUUAGGAUCGCAAUUCCACUAUUCUGCCUUCUGCUUUCCACCCAUCUGUAACAAUGGCUUCAGCCCAUGACAGAGCUGUACUUCAGGCCAUCUUUAACCCCACCAGCCCUCCAGGAGACGUCCCUGGGUUAAACCAAGAGGAGGAACUGACAGACGAUGACAGUGGCUUUGAGGUUGGGCUGCUACUGCAGGUCAAAAAGCUGGAGAUGGAGGGGGUUGCAGCAGCAGAGGCUGGGGAUCUACCCACAGCUCUGGAACGGUUCAGCCAGGCCAUAGACACACUGCCGCAGAGAGCCUCUGGCUACAACAACAGGGCCCAGACCAGACGACUCCAGGAGGACACAGAAGGAGCCCUAGAGGACCUGGAGCGUGCCAUCGCUCUGAGUGGGGGUGUAGGGCGUACAGCGUGUCAGGCUCUGGUCCAGAGAGGCCUGCUACUGAGGCUGGCCUGCCAGGAUGAUAAGGCCCGGGAGGACUUCGAGAGGGCAGCCGUCCUGGGCAGUGAGUUCGCCCGGCAACAGGUAGUGGUUCUGAAUCCGUACGCUGCCCUCUGCAACCGCAUGCUGACGGAGGUCAUCAACAAGCUUCGCAACCCGGAGGUGUCAGAGACACAGUAGUCAAAGGACAAGACUUACCACCCCAACACUGGCAAACCAAAUACAUGUGUAUCACUUGUGCAUGCAUUAAAUGUUGUCUUGAGAAAUUAAUUAAUAAACGUUUACGUUUUAUUGAA